AUGGAGUCCCAAGCCUUUGAUUUAGGGGAAUCACCAAGUUCCACCAUGCUUGAUCAGCUAGACUCACAUUCCCCAUCUCCGUCAAAUCGCAACUCUGUCUCAAGCUUCACCAGUACCCCUGGACGAUCGCUUAGUACCAAUAAGAAGAAUACGACUCCGAUACCCGCAAACCUCCUCCCAUCAGCACCCGCUUCUCCACCAACGCCCGCGCCGAGUCCCACCCCCCACCAGCGUCCGCCGGACUGGCAUUCAUCUGAUGAGGAUGAGAAUGCUUUUCUAUUGAACCUUCGUCUUCAUUUCACUACUUUAUCGAAUGCCCGGAAGCAGAAAUUUUUGGAGGGGAUAUUGGACGUAUGCGACAGUCCACAGUUGAGUUUUGUCUCGAGCUAUGUUGGGCCUCGUUUGCGCAAAGACCCAUUUCUGGUUUUCCCAAAUGAAAUUUGUUUGAGAGUACUCUCUUUUAUCGACGAUCCUAAGACACUCGCGCGGGCAUCGCAAGUGUCAAUGCGAUGGCGCGAAUUACUUAAUGAUGAUAUAACAUGGAAGAACCUUUGUGAGAAACACGCAUACUCGGUGCGACGGAUCAUGGAGGAUGAUAGUAGCAUGGAACCAGUCACUCCACGAUCCGUGGACUCGAGACCAGAAACGCUUAUCCCGACCGAGUUACCUCGAUCGGCAUCUAAUGAACCCGUUGGCGAAAGACCGCCUGGACUUCCCCGCACUUUGUCGGGAGAGUGGCUUCCACCGACAAGCUUCCCCUCUCGAAGACACCGAACUCGACCUGUCUCCUACCGAUCGCAGUUCAAGCAAAAGUAUAUGGUCGAGUCCGCUUGGAACAAAGGUGGUCGGUGCACCCAGCGUCAUAUCACCCCUGACCAGGGUGUUGUCACAAGCCUGCAUUUGACAUCCAAAUAUAUCGUCGUCGCUUUGGAUAAUGCAAAGAUCCAUGUAUACAACACCAACGGCGACAACCAGAAAACUCUCUUGGGCCACGUGAUGGGGGUUUGGGCCAUGGUACCGUGGGAUGACAUUUUGGUUAGUGGAGGGUGCGACCGAGAGGUGCGAGUAUGGAACAUGGCAACUGGUGCGGCGAUCCACUUGCUUCGAGGUCACACAUCAACCGUCAGGUGUUUGAAAAUGUCCGAUCGCAACACCGCCAUUUCAGGUUCCAGAGACACUACCCUCCGUAUUUGGGAUCUGGCUACGGGGACAUGCCGUAAUGUGUUGGUUGGGCACCAAGCUAGUGUCCGAUGUCUUGCAAUCCAUGGCGAUACCGUUGUCUCGGGUAGCUACGACACCAUGGCUCGGAUAUGGAGUAUUUCUCAAGGUCGCUGCCUUCGUACUCUAUCAGGCCAUUUUAGUCAAAUUUAUGCGAUAGCUUUCGAUGGCCGUCGGAUUGCAACGGGAAGUUUGGAUACGAGUGUUCGCAUCUGGGACCCACAAUCUGGACAGUGUCAUGCGAUCUUGCAGGGUCAUACCUCUUUGGUAGGCCAGCUCCAAAUGCGCGGUGAUACCCUAGUCACAGGUGGCUCGGAUGGCUCCGUUCGUGUUUGGUCAUUAACAAAGAUGGCGCCCAUUCACCGUCUUGCUGCUCACGAUAACAGCGUCACCAGUCUUCAGUUCAAUAAUACUCGCAUUGUGAGUGGUGGUAGUGAUGGACGUGUCAAGGUCUGGAGUCUGCAGACAGGUCAGCUACUGCGAGAAUUAUCAACACCAGCUGAGGCCGUGUGGCGAGUUGCAUUUGAAGAUGAAAAGGCUGUGAUCAUGGCUAGUCGCUCUGGUCGAACAGUAAUGGAGGUUUGGUCGUUUGCACCACCCCCUGAAGCAUAUGAUGACAGUUUUGCCAUCGAAAGUGCCUCUAGUACACCUGGCCUUGUCUCCAGAGAAGACAAGGAUCUGACCGUAAAUUAUCGACGCCGAACCCUCUUCUCAGACCCUCCACCUGCUAUCUUAAGUGAUGCCGAUCAGGCUAUGCCCGAUGCGCCAUCAUAA